CUUACCGGAAAUGGGCCUUCACCGGCUCCGGGUGCUCGGAGCGGAAUCUCUGCGCUCCCGGAAGUGGCCCAGGGGCACCGCGCCCGGCCCGGGCAGUGCUAGCUCCUGCUCGGGGCGCCCCGGGCCCGGGCAUAGCCAUGACCAACGAGCUGGACAUUUUUGUGGGGAACACGACUCUUAUCGAUGAGGACGUGUAUCGCUUGUGGCUGGAUGGCUACUCAGUGAGUGAUGCGGUGGCUCGACGAGUGCGCUCCGGAAUCCUGGAGCAGACGGGAGCCACGGCAGCCGUGCUGCAGAGCGACACCAUGGACCACUAUCGCACCUUCCACAUGCUCGAGCGCCUGCUGCAUGCGCCCCCCAAACUGCUGCACCAGCUCAUCUUCCAGAUCCCGCCCUCCCGGCAGGCUCUGCUCAUUGAGAGGUACUAUGCUUUUGAUGAGGCCUUUGUUCGGGAGGUCCUGGGCAAGAAGCUGUCCAAGGGUACCAAGAAAGACCUGGACGACAUCAGCACCAAAACAGGCAUCACCCUUAAGAGCUGCCGGAGACAGUUUGACAACUUUAAGCGAGUCUUCAAGGUGGUGGAGGAAAUGCGGGGCUCCCUCGUGGAUAACAUCCAGCAACACUUCCUCCUCUCUGACCGGUUGUCCAGGGACUAUGCAGCCAUCGUCUUCUUUGCCAAUAACCGAUUUGAAACAGGAAAGAAAAAGCUGCAGUAUCUGAGCUUUGGUGACUUUGCCUUCUGUGCUGAGCUCAUGAUCCAGAACUGGACCCUUGGAGCCGUCGGUGAGGCCCCCACCAACCCAGACUCCCAGGUGGAUGACAUGGAUGUGGACUUAGACAAGGAGUUUCUCCAGGACUUGAAGGAGCUCAAGGUGCUAGUGGCUGAUAAGGACCUUCUGGACUUGCACAAGAGCCUGGUGUGCACCGCCCUCCGGGGAAAACUCAGCGUCUUCUCUGAGAUGGAAGCUAACUUCAAGCCUCCAGCUUCUGGGGCAGAAGACAGAACUCCUAGAAUCCCUGCCCCACAGAACCUGUCUCGGGGGCUGGUGAAUGUGGCUGCCAAGCUGAUCCACAAUAAGGACGUCAGAGACCUGUUUGUGGACCUUAUCGAAAAAUUUGUGGAACCCUGCCGCUCUGACCACUGGCCGCUGAAUGAUGUGCGGCUCUUCCUGAAUCAGUAUUCAGCAUCUGUCCACUCCUUGGAUGGUUUUCGGCACCAGACCCUCUGGGACCGCUACAUGGGCACCCUCCGUGGCUGCCUCCUACGCCUCUAUCAUGACUAAGAGCCCCUUCCUCCACUCUGCUCAUUGUGACAAUAAAGUUGCCAUGAGUUUGGACACUGA